AUGUUUACCCAUCAUAAUAAUCUUGAUGAAGACAAAUCACAAGGUGAUUCCAAAGAUUCGAAAACACCAAACAGUUUGCAUUUAAAUGAUAAACUCGACAUCUCAACAAACAAUGGUCCUCACGAAACUGAAAGUGUUGAUAAUUUGGAUAAUAUAUCUAGUCCUACACCGAAAGGUGACAUAAUCAGUCUAGCAGAUCUUAUAAAAAAUCGUAUCUGUUUGACAGAUUUUGAUCCAGAAUCUCACUGGCAUGAUAUACAUAAUAGCAUAAUUGAAAAAGAGUUUGCCAUUGAUGGACAUAACUUACUUAUAUGUUAUAUGUUAAACAAAAAUGAAUUUAAAUUGCAAUUUGAAAUACCAAGAUUUCUAUGCAAUGAAAUUAACUAUUUUAUUUUCACACCAAAUAUAAAUAAAGAAAAACUAACCGUUGAUAAUUUUGAUUUAUGUAUACAAUAUGGUAAUAUAUCUGGUUCAGCUAUUCAAAGUUUACUUGGUAUUAUGUCAUCAUUAUUUGCACCAAAUCUAUUUACUAAUAUAUCAUGGCCAGAUAGUAUACGUAAUGAUUUUUCAUUACAAUUACAACGUUUUAUGUCAUCAUUAACUGAUACAAGAUGGAAAUUAGAUAAUAAAACUGUAUUAUAUAUCCCAUUAGAUAGUUUAAAUGUUUUACCAGAAAUAGCUAUUAAAGAUAAAGAAUUAAUAAAUCGUUUAGAAAUGAUUAUUAUACAUUGGACAAGACAAAUUAAAGCUGUAUUAAAUAUACAAAAUAUAAAUGAUCAUUCAACUAUUAUAAGUCCAUUAGAUGAAAUACAAUUUUGGCAUAAUCGUUGUGAUGAUUUAACUGGUAUUAGUAAUCAAUUAAAUAAAUCAACUAUUCAACAGAUUAUCAAUAUUUUAUUGAUUGCUAAAUCUACAUAUAUUACAAAUUUUUUAAAGUUAGCAGAUGAAAUUAAAUGGAAUACAGAACAAGCCCAAAAUAAUAUUAAAUUUUUAGAUAAAAUUAAAGAUAUAUGUUUACAAUUAAAUGAAUUAAAACCAAAGGAUAUACCUGAUAAAUUACCACAACUUAUUAAUAUGAUACGUAUAAUAUGGACUAAUUCAAAAUAUUAUAAUAAUAAUGAAUUAAUAACUAAUUUAUUUAAUAAAUUAUCUAAUCAAAUAAUCAUUCGAUGUUGUUCUAUUAUAUCAUUGCAUGAUAUCUAUAAUGGAAAAAUUAUAAGUAGUAUAUUCAAUUUAAAUCAAUGUAUUUAUUGUUGUGAACAAUAUAAAGAUAUUUAUAAUAAAUUACAAUUAAUGCAUAUACAUAAUUCAUUGAAACCAUGGGAUAUACAAAAGAAUAGUGUAUUUGCACAAAUUGAUGCAUUUAUACAAAGAUGUCGUGAUUUAUUAGAAGUAUGUCAAUGUCUAAAACAUUUUGGCCGAUACGAAGAUGGUAAUAAAACAACAAUGCCAAUACUUCAAGGAAUUCGUGGCCCAGAAGUUGAAAACCUCCUGUUAACGAUUGAACAAAUGUUUGAGAAAUUGAUGAAUAACCUAUUUGAGAAUCGUCAUUGUAUAUUGGAUAUAAAGGCCACAUCAUGGCACGACAAUUAUAAUCGUUUUAGAAUUGGUAUUAAAGAUUUAGAGGUGAUGAUGCAAAAUGCAAUUAACACAGCCUUUGAAACGGUCACAACUAUACAACAAGGUGUCGAAAUACUAGAUAUUUUCGCUCAUCUUCGAAGUCGUGAGACUAUUCGAAGAACUAUUGAUCAUCGAACAAGUGAAUUAGUUUCACGUUUUGGUGAUUGUUUAAAUCAAAUCAAAAAAGAGAUGACACAACGUGUUAAUACUGGCCUCCCCAUACCAACUGAAGCGUAUUAUAGUGGACAAGCUUUAUACUGGAAAUUUUUACGUCGCCGAUUAGAAAAAGAUAUGCUGGCUUUAGAUCAAGCUUUUUUCUUACCAUUAUCUGACGCUGGUAUGUCAGAAUAUCGUCAACAAUGUACACAACUAACUGAUGCACUAGAUGAUUUAACUAAGAAAAUAUUUAAUGAAUUUCAAACAACCAUUGAACCAGAUCCAUUGAAAUGUCUUGAUUUACCUGUAUUAACACGUAGUACAUUACAAUCUGGUAUGCUUGAACCAAAUUUCAAUGGAACAACUCUUAAAUUACUUAAUGAAUUACAUUAUUGGUCUAGGCUUGGUUUCGAACUACCAACAAAUACCAAUGAAGCAUAUCGAAGACGAAUAGAAUUAAAAUAUCUCUAUGAUAUCAUAUUAAUCAUUGUUCGUGAUUAUAAUCAUAUCAUAAAUUCAUUAAAUAAUGAUGAACGUGCAUUAUUUAAAGAACGUAUUAAAAUGUUAGAUAUAAAAUUAAUACCAGGUUUAACAAAAUUACAUUGGACAGUAAAAGGUUUAGUUGAAAUGUUUGUUAAUGAUUGUCGUAUACAAGCAAAUAAAUUACAAUUAAAAGUUGAUGAAUAUAAAUUAGCAAAUAUAAAUAUUAAAGAAAAUUGUGAAGAAAUUGCACAAACUUUAUUAAUUAAAUUACAAUCAAAUCGUAUUUAUGAAAAUACUGAAUUUGAUGAUUGUCAAUCUGAGCAUAGAAAGGUAACAAAAGAAAAACUUAUUGCCAUCCAUAAAGAUAUCAUAAGAAAGUUGCAUGAAGUGAAAGAAACAUUUGUUUCUGAAAGUGCCGAUAUUCAAAUGCAUUGGUGGAAAUAUACAGAAAAAAUGGAUCAUUUUUGUGAAGAAGCAUUCAGAAUAAAUGUCAAAUCAUCAUUAUGUGAAUUGCAAAAAGCAAUAAACGGUGAUGGACGAAAUGAUCCUAAUCCUCUAUUCAAAGUAUCAUUGAAUUUAGAUAAUGAUGUUUUAAUAUUUUCUCCAACACUUGGUCAACUUACACUUGUUGUAGCUUCAUUAGGCAGUAAAUUCGCAGAAAUCAUUUCAGUUAUUCCUCGCCUACCUGAUUUGUUAGCCCAAGCUAAGUCUACGAAACCACCAAUAAGUGAAGUUAUUGCAACAGAUGAAGAAAUUAAUAAAAUACAAGCAAGUAUUAAACGUGGAAUGCAAGAAAUUGGUACAGCAGUUCAUGAACCUCUUAGUUAUUGGGAUCAGUUUAGAGAAAUAUGGGAAUUGCCUAAAGAUGAUUUUAUACAAAGAUAUCGACAAUUAAAUCCACACGUUACUUCAAUUGAUGCUGAUAUAUCUAGAUAUACGGAAGUAAGUAAUAAAGUCUUAGAUGCAGACACUAUGGUUACGACAAAGUUUUUACAAUUGGACUUUAGUUUAUUAAAAAAUGCAAUAGCUGCUCACUGUCGAGACUGGCAGAUGCGUUUAAUCAACCUUUUACUUUCAAUGACAGAAGAUUCAUUAAAUGGGGUUUAUACAUAUAUGAAUGAUGUUCAAGAAAGAAUUCUUCGACCACCAUUGAAUUUAGAUGAACUUGGCGACUCUAUCCACCUAUUGGAACAAAUAUUAUCUGAGCAAAUUGAAAUUCAAGCGAAAUUUGGACCUUUGGAAGAACAAUUCGCUAUUCUAGAUAAAUGUGAAGUAACGUAUUCUGAUGAAAUAUCAAAUCGUAGAGUAAACUUGGCUAAUGAUUGGGUACAAUUUCAAAGUUCAUUAGCUUCAGCUGAAGUGAUGAUUAAAAAAUCCAAAGAGAAAUUCAAAGUUGGUUUAUUGAAUGAUACGGAAGAAUUUAAACGUGCAGUAUCAAAUCUUUUACAAGAACUACAAAUGAAAGGACCAUAUGCAGCUAAUUUUAAACCACAAGAAGCAAUUGAUAUUAUCAACCAAUUCUUGGAACAAUUAGAUAAUCUUAAAAGUCGUGAAUUAGAACUACGUCAAGGAUUAAAUUUAUUUAAAAUAGAACAGCCACCUUUUAAAGAAAUUGCGAUCAUAGAGAAAGAUUUAGAUAUAUUGAGCACUAUUUGGACUACAAACAUGGAGUGGGAAAAUAACUGGGAAAGUUGGAAGGCUGGACGAUUUUAUGAUCUACAAACAAAUGAAAUGGAAAACUUGGCUAAUGCACAAUUUCGUAAAUUUACCAAAUGGGCACGUGAUUUGAAAGAUAGAAAUUGGGAAAUUAUUGAAGUUAGUAGAAAAAAAGUUGAUCAGUUUCGUCGUACAUUACCAUUGAUCACGGAUUUACGUAAUUCAGCUAUGCGUACAAGACAUUGGGAUAAGAUUAAAGAAGAAAUGAAUACACAAUUCAAUGUAGAUUCUGAUGAAUUUACAUUAGAAUGUAUAGUAGAAUUAGGAUUUGAACAAUAUUCUGAUUUAAUCAGUGAAAUAUCCGGUGCAGCAACUAAAGAAUUAGCUAUUGAAAAAGCCCUUGAUACAAUGGAACGUUUUUGGCAAAAUAAUGAACUUGAUAUGAUAUCAUACAAAGAUAAAAGUAUUUAUAAGAUUAGAUCUACAGAUGAAAUAUUUGAAGCAUUAGAAGAUAAUCAAGUUCAGUUGUCAACAAUGAAAACAUCGCGAUUUGUCAAACCAUUUGAACAUCUUGUUGAUAAUUGGGAACGUGUACUUUCAUUAAUUACAGAAACUAUUGAAGCUUUAUUAACUGUACAAAGGCAAUAUAUGUAUAUGGAAACUAUAUUUCUUGGUGAAGAUAUUCGUAAACAAUUACCAAAAGAAUCUGUAUCAUUUGAUAUGAUCAAUACACAAUGGCAAUCGAUCACAACAUAUUUAUAUGAAACACGUAAUACAAGAACAUGUGCAAGUAAACCAGGUUUAUUGGAUCAAAUCAAUAAACUUGUACAAAGUUUAGAAGAAAUACAACAAUCAUUAGAUAUGUAUUUAGAGACAAAACGUCAAAUAUUUCCUCGGUUCUAUUUUAUAUCAAAUGAUGAUUUACUCGAAGUAUUAGGACAAGGUAGAAAUCCCGAAGCUGUUAUGCCACACCUGAAAAAAUGUUUCGACAAUAUUACUCUCUUGAGAUUAGAAAAGACAAAUUUCCUAGUAUAUAAUGCCUUAUCAAUGUUUUCAUUGGAUGGUGAAGAAGUGCCAUUCAAAAAUAAAGUUCGCCUUGAUGGUCCUGUAGAAUCAUGGUUAGGCGAUAUUGAAGAACAAAUGUAUAAAACAUUAAAGGAUAUGUUAAGAGAUUGUAGAAUUGCUUUAAAGAAAGCAGCAAACAAGCGUGAUAAAUUUAUUAAAGAAUGGCCAGGGCAGUUAUGUAUUACAUCAAGUCAAAUUCAAUGGACAGCUGAUGUUACAAGAGCAUUACAGUUGGUAUCAAAUAGACAAGACAAAAGACCAUUGAAAUCAUUAAAACAUAAACAAAAGAAUCUUUUAGAAAAAUUUUCAGAAAUAAUUCGUUCAAAUUUAACAAAAAUUCAACGUUUAAAAAUUAAUGCCCUCGCUGUUAUUGAAGUUCAUCAACGUGAUAUUAUUGACAAACUUUAUAAAAUAGGCUGUAAUGAUAUAAAUGCUUUUGAUUGGUUAAGUCAACUUCGAUUUUAUUGGGAAAAGGAAGCAGAUGACUGUUUUGUUCGACAAACAAAUACAUCUUUUCGUUAUGGUUAUGAAUAUUUGGGCAAUUCUGGACGACUAGUUAUUACACCUCUUACUGAUCGUUGUUACAUAACAUUGACAACUGCAUUACAUUUACACAGAGGUGGUUCGCCUAAAGGACCUGCUGGAACUGGUAAAACAGAAACAACUAAAGAUUUAGGCAAAUCGCUUGGGGAUUAUGUAAUUGUUGUUAAUUGUUCAGAAGGUUUAGAUUAUAAGUCUAUGGGUCGUAUGUUUGCAGGUUUAGCUCAAACUGGUGCAUGGGGUUGUUUCGAUGAAUUCAAUCGCAUAAAUAUAGAAGUGUUAUCAGUCGUGGCUCAACAAAUACUAUCAAUUCUAUCUGCAUUAGCGGUAGCUGAUCAGUCAGACAAUCAAAAUACGAAAACAAGAUUUAUGUUUGAAGGUCGAAUGAUUCAGUUAGUAUGGUCAUGCGGUAUAUUUAUUACAAUGAAUCCUGGUUAUGCUGGACGUACAGAAUUACCAGAUAAUUUAAAAUCUAUGUUUAGACCAAUUGCAAUGGUGGUACCAGACUCAUCAAUGAUAGCAGAAAUUACAUUAUUUGCCGAAGGUUUUAGUUCCACAAAGAUUUUAGCCAAGAAAGUAUUUACACUGUAUAAUUUAACUGUACAACAAUUAAGUAAACAAGAUCAUUAUGAUUUUGGUCUACGUGCACUAGUAUCUGUACUACGUUAUGCUGGUAAGAAGAAACGUGCCAAUCCAAAUAUGUCAGAUGAAGAAUUGUUAUUAUUAUCAUUGAAUGACAUGAAUCUAGCUAAGCUUACUUCAGUGGAUUUACCAUUAUUUGAAGGUAUUAUUACUGAUUUAUUCCCAAGUAUUGAGCCACCUACAAUCGAUUAUUCAAAGAUUAAAAAUGCUCUGCAAGAAGAAUGUAAUAAAAUCAAUCUGCGUAUGACACCGUUUACACUAACCAAAGUUAUACAACUGUAUGAAACCAAAAGUUCGAGACAUUCAGUUAUGAUAGUUGGCAAAGCAUUAUCAGGGAAAUCUACAACAUGGCGCCUACUUAAAGCAGUCCACAAUUCAUUGGCCAAAGUACCUAACUCUGACUUUGAAAUGGUUACAGAAUAUUCAUUAAAUCCUAAAUCCUUAUCUUUAGGCGAAUUAUAUGGAGAAUUUAAUUUAUCAACAAAUGAAUGGACAGACGGUGUACUUUCAAGUAUUAUGCGACAAACAUGUUCAGAUGGGUCGCCAACAUUAAAAUGGAUAAUAUUCGAUGGGCCAGUAGACACUUUAUGGAUUGAAAGCAUGAACAGUGUUAUGGACGAUAAUAAAAUCUUAACAUUGAUCAAUGGAGAAAGAAUUUCAAUGCCUGAACAAGUCUCACUACUUUUUGAAGUGGAAGAUUUAUCUGUAGCAUCUCCUGCGACUGUAUCACGUUGUGGUAUGGUUUACAAUGAUGUAAAUGAUUUAGGCUGGUGGCCGUAUGUUGAAUCAUGGUUGUCGAAAAAGACAAAUAAGGUAUUAGUUGAAGAAACAAAACGUUUCUUCACUAAAUACAUUGACAAUUUACAUGAAUAUAUCAGAUUGAACUGCAAUGUUAUCAUUCCAAUGAGUUUAACUAAUACAAUUAUUUCGUUAUGUAAAUUAUAUGAUAGUUUGGCGACUCCUGAAGUAUGGGCAAAUCCUGCAGAUGUAGACUAUUAUCCGCGUUUAUUGGAAAUGACGUUUCAAUUUUGUAUGAUAUGGUCUGUUGCAUGUCUAGUUGAUGAAGAUGGUCGUAAAAAAGUUGAUGCAUAUAUCCGUGAAAUUGAAGGAAGUUUUCCAAAUAAAGAUUCAAUCUAUGAAUAUUAUGUAGAUCCUAAAUCAAGAUCAUGGAUUCAUUGGGAGGAGAAAUUAAAUACUGGAUGGAAAUAUUCACCGAAUGUACCAUUUCAUAAAAUACUAGUACCAACUGCAGAUACAAUUCGGUAUAAUUUUCUCCUGGAUUGUACAGUUAAACAAAAAUAUCCUGCUCUACUAGUUGGUUCUGUUGGGACUGGAAAAACAUCAUUAGCUUUGGAUUUAUUAAGGAAUUUAGAUUCAACACAAUGGAUUAAUCUAAUAAUUAAUAUGUCUUCACAAACAACAUCAAACAAUGUUCAAGAUAUUAUUGAAGGACGAGUAGAGAAACGUACAAAAGAUACAUUUGUACCUGUUGGAGGUGGUAAAAUGCUUACAUUUAUGGAUGAUUUUAAUAUGCCUGCUAAAGAUAGCUCUGGUUCUCAACCACCUCUUGAAUUAAUUCGUCAAUGGUUAGAAUAUGGAUUUUGGUAUGAUCGUGCAAAACAAACUAGAAAGAAAAUAAAAGGUAUGCAACUUUUCGCAGCAAUGGGUAUACCGGGUGGUGGAAGAAUGAUAUUAUCUCAACGAUUACAAGCCCAUUUUCAUCAAAUUGUUGUCACAUUUCCAACGGAGGCCAAUCUUAAACGAAUUUAUGGAACUAUGAUCACUCAAAAAUUACAAGAAUUUCAAGAUGAAGUUAAAUCGAUGGCUGAUAAUUUAACUCAGGCUUCAAUUGAUUUAUAUCAUGCAAUUGUUAAUAAAUUUUUGCCAACUCCAACAAAAAUACACUACUUAUUCAAUUUAAGAGAUAUUUCCAAAAUCUUUCAAGGUUUACUUCGAGCUAGUAAAAAGUAUAUUGAUACUCGUAACUCAAUGCUUCGUUUAUGGAUUCACGAAGGAUUACGUGUAUUUUAUGAUCGUUUGGUAGAUGAAAAAGACAGGGCAACAUAUCUCGAUCUGGUAGGUGAAUCAUUGGCCAGUUACUUCGAUCAAACAUAUCAUGGUUUGUGUCCGUCUAAACAGUCUCCAAUAUUUGUGGAUUUUAUGAAUCCUGAUAAUUCAUAUGAAGAUGUUACAGAUUUAGAUAGACUACGUAAAUUUAUGGCCCAAACUUUAAAAGAAUAUAAUGAAUCUCCUGGUAUGGUACAUGUAGAUUUAGUCAUGUUUCGUGAUGCAAUUGAACACACGUGCAAAGUUGUUCGUGUAAUUAAUCAACCAAGAGGUAAUAUGCUAUUAAUUGGGAUUGGAGGUAGUGGUCGUCAAAGUUUAAGUCGUUUAGCAGCCUAUAUAUGUGAAUAUAAAACAUUUCAAGUUGAAGUCACAAAACACUAUCGUAAACAGGAAUUCCGAGAAGAUUUAAAGAAAAUGUAUUUUCAAGCUGGUGUUGAAAAUAAACCAACAGUAUUCUUAUUUACUGAUGCACAAGUGUUAGAUGAGUCAUUUUUAGAAGAUAUUAAUAAUAUGUUAAGUUCUGGUGAAGUGCCUAUUUUAUACAAAUCAGAUGAAUUUGAAGAGGUUAAACAAGAAUUACUUGAAGUUGCUAAACAAGAAGGUAUUGCAGAGUCGACUCAGGCAAUAUUUCGUUUCUUUAUUGAACGAGUUCGUGCUAAUCUACAUAUUAUUUUAUGUAUGAGUCCUAUUGGUGAACCAUUUCGUAAUCGUAUUCGAAUGUUUCCAGCAUUCGUUAAUUGUACUACAAUUGAUUGGUUUAGUGAAUGGCCACUUGAAGCUUUACUAGAAGUGGCUGAGAAAUAUUUAGCAUCCGUUGAUAUUAACAUUAAUGAACCAGAUCCCCAACUUUUGGUUAAAAAACAGGGAAAAAUGAGAAUAAGUGUUGCGAAAAUAUUCGCUAACAUGCAUCGAUCAGUUACUGAUAUGGCUGUGGUCAUGCUUAAUGAAUUGAAACGACAUAAUUACAUUACACCAACCAAUUACUUAGAAUUUGUAUCUGGGUACAAAAUUCUUCUUUAUCAAAAACGUCAAGAAUUAAGUGAUAAAGCAAAUAAAUUAACAAAUGGUCUUGAUAAGAUUGAUGAAACAAGAAAAAAAGUUGAAGUAAUGUCUGUGGAAUUAGAAGAAGCUAAAAAGAAAGUGUCAGCAUUUCAAAAAGAAUGUGAUGAUUACUUAGUAGUUAUUGUUCAACAAAAACGUGAAGCUGAUGAACAGGCUAAAUCUGUUAUGCAAACUCAAGAAAAAAUUAAAAUAGAUGAAGCUAAAUGUUUACAUAUGGCUGAAUUAGCUCAAGCUGAUUUAGCACAAGCUAUGCCAGCUUUAGAAGCAGCUGUACAAGCAUUGGAGUCAUUAAAUAAAAAAGACAUCACGGAAAUUAAAUCAUAUGGCAAACCACCUCUCCUAGUGCAAAAGGUUCUUGAAGCCGUAAUGAUUCUUCGAGGGGCUGAUCCAAGUUGGGCUGAAUCAAAAAGACAAUUAGGUGAACAAGAUUUUAUUAAACAACUUAUAAAUUUUGAUAAAGACAAUAUUAGUGAUAAAACUUUGAAAAAAAUUGGUCAGUAUUGCUCACAAGAUGAUUUUCAACCUGAUGUAGUUGGUAAAGUUUCAAGUGCAGCGAAAUCGUUAUGUAUGUGGGUUCGAGCAAUGGAUGUUUACGGUCGUGUUUACAGAGUUGUUGAACCAAAGCGUCAGAGACUUAAACAAGCUGAAGAAGUAUUACAUGAGAAACAAGCACAAUUAGCAGCUGCACAAGCUAAACUUGAUGAAGUGAAUGCUGAAAUGCGCCGUUUACAACAAGAAUAUAAUGAAAAGAUGGAACAAAAAGAAGAGUUACGUAAAAAAGCUGAACACACGGAGAAAAUGUUAGACAGAGCUAGUAAAUUAGUCAGUGGUUUAGCUGGUGAGAAACUACGAUGGGAAGCUAGUGUUGCUGAUCUAUUACGUAAAAUUGAUCUAUUACCUGGUGAUUGUUUACUAGCUUCCGCUUUCUUAUCUUAUAUGGGUCCAUUUUUAAGUGAAUAUCGUGAGAAAUUAAUUACUAAUUGGUUGGAAUUAAUUAGAACUGAGAGUGUACCAGUAACUGAUCCAUUUGUCUUUACUGAAUUUUUAGCUGAUCCAACACAAGUUAGAGAAUGGAAUAUACAAGGAUUACCACGUGAUACAUUUUCAGUUGAAAAUGGUGUAAUUGUAACACGAGGUAAUAGGUGGCCAUUAAUGGUUGAUCCACAAAAUCAAGCUUUAAAAUGGAUUAAAUCAAUGGAAGGCAAAGAAUUACGAAUAAUUGACUUACAAACACCGGAUUAUAUGCGUACAUUAGAAAUUGCUGUACAACAUGGUCAACCAGUUUUAUUGCAAAAUGUUCAUGAACAACUAGAUCAGGCUUUAGAUCCAUUAUUAACUAAAUCACUGAUUAAAGUUGGUGGUACAUUAUUAAUGAAAUUGGGUGAUAAAGAAAUUGAGUAUAAUGAUAAGUUUAGACUUUAUAUCACUACUAAACUACCUAAUCCUCAUUAUACACCAGAAAUAUCCUCUAAAGCGUUAAUUGUAAAUUUUGCUGUAAAACAACAAGGAUUAGAAGCACAAUUGCUUGGUAUUGUAGUACGUAAAGAACGUCCUGAAUUAGAAGAACAAAAAGAUAAUUUAGUCAUAGGGAUUGCAGCUGGUAAACGUAAACUUACAGAAUUAGAAGAUGAAAUUUUAAGACUGUUAAAUGAAGCACAAGGAUCUUUAUUGGAUGAUGAACAACUUGUAAAUACUUUACAAACAUCGAAAGUUACAUCAUCUGAAGUCACUGAACAAUUGAAUGUUGCUGAAAAAACUGAAAUACAAAUUGACAAAGCUCGUGAAGGUUAUCGUCCAUCUGCACAACGUUCUUCAAUUUUAUUCUUUGUAUUGAAUGAUAUGAGUCGAAUAGAUCCCAUGUAUCAAUUUUCUUUAGAAGCAUACAUUGAUUUAUUCACUUUAAGUAUUGAUAAAAGCCCAAAGUCAACAAAAUUAGAUGAUCGUAUCACAAAUUUAAAUGACUAUCACACUUAUGCUGUGUAUCGUUACACAUGUCGUGGUUUAUUUGAACGACAUAAACUACUAUUUUCAUUUCAUAUUUGUUUAAAAAUACUUGAGUCAGCUGGUAAAGUUAAUGAAGAUGAAUAUAAUUUUUUUCUACGUGGUGGUGUUGUAUUAGAUCGUGAAAAUCAAUUUGAUAAUCCAUGUACAACAUGGUGUACAGAACAAUGUUGGGAUAAUAUUACAGAAUUAGAUAAAUUAGCUAGUUUUCAUGGUAUUGUUACAUCAUUUGAACAAUAUUCAAGAGAUUGGAAUUUAUGGUAUACAUCAGCUGAACCAGAAAAUAGUUCUUUACCUGGUGAAUGGGAUAAUACAUUAAAUGAAUUUCAACGUAUGCUUAUUGUACGUUCAUUAAGACCAGAUCGUGUAUCGUUUUGUGCAACACGUUUUAUUGUAAAUAAUUUAGGUAGUCGAUUUAUUGAACCCCCUGUUUUGGAUAUGAAACAAGUAGUUGAUGAUAGUUCAACUAGAACACCAUUAAUAUUUGUAUUAUCACCAGGUGUUGAUCCUACAGCUGGUCUAUUACAACUAGCUGAUAAUUGUGGAAUGAGUAAGAAAUUCCAUGCGUUAUCAUUAGGUCAAGGUCAAUCACCGAUUGCUACACGAUUAAUUAAAGAAGGUAUACGUGAAGGAAAUUGGAUAUUUCUUGCUAAUUGUCAUCUUUCAUUAUCAUGGAUGCCAGCAUUGGAUAAAAUUGUUGAACAAUUGGGUAUGGAAGAAAUACAUACUGAUUUUCGUUUGUGGCUUUCAUCAAGUCCAAACGCAGCUUUUCCUAUUUCAAUUCUACAAGCUGGUAUUAAAAUGACUACAGAACCGCCAAAAGGUUUACGUUCAAAUAUGAAACGGCUUUAUCAUCUUAUUAAAGAAGAUCAAUUUUCCUUAUGUCAGAAACCAGAGAAAUAUAAAAAACUCCUAUUUUCAUUGUGCUAUUUUCAUUCAGUAUUAUUAGAACGCAAAAAGUUCCUUAUGCUCGGUUGGAAUAUUCCAUAUGAAUUUAAUGAUUCUGAUUUUGAAGUAUCUGAACAUUUGUUAACAAAUUAUUUAGGCCAAUAUGAUGAAACUCCAUGGGAUGCAUUACGCUAUUUAAUUGCUGAUAUUAAUUAUGGUGGCCAUGUUACUGAUGAUUGGGAUCGUCGUUUAUUAAAUACAUACAUUAGUGAUUAUUUUAGAGAUGAAGUAUUGAGAGAACCAUUUUAUAAACUAUCGUCACUGCCAUAUUAUUAUAUACCAAGAGAUGGUACAUUAAAUGCUUAUCGUGAAUUUGUUACACUUUUACCACAAAUUGAUCAUCCAGAAGCAUUUGGUCAACAUCCUAAUGCAGAUAUCACAUCACAAAUUCAAGAGACACGAGUUCUUCUAGAUACAUUGCUUUCAUUACAACCUCAAGUAUCACAAGGUACAGGUGUUUCACGUGAAGAAAAAGUUCUUGACUUAAUUGAUAAUUUACAAAAGCAGUUGCCUGGAGAUAUUGAUUUUGAAGGUACUAUGAAAAUGUUUACAACAGAUCACUCACCAUUAGUGGUUGUUCUACUGCAAGAAAUACAACGUUACAAUCAUCUUCUUGGUUUAAUACGCAAUCAACUAUCAGAUUUAAGUAAGGGUAUUCAAGGCUUGGUUGUAAUGUCAUCAGAACUCGAACAGAUAUUCACUUCAAUUUUUGACGGACAUGUUCCAAAACAAUGGAGCAAGACAUAUUCUUCACUAAAACCUUUAGGUUCGUGGGCAAGAGAUUUAGCAGCACGUGUUGAAUUAUUCGCUAAAUGGGCUAGUACAACACAUCCACCAAAAUUAUUUUGGAUUGGUGCAUUCACUUUUCCAACAGGUUUUCUUACAGCAGUUCUACAAACAUCAGCAAGAAAAAAUAAUAUUUCUGUAGAUAGUUUAAGUUGGGAAUUCAAUGUACUUGCUACAAGUGAUCCUAAUGUUUUAGUCACUCCAAAAGAUGGUGUCUAUAUAAGUAAUUUAUAUUUACAAGGAGCUGGAUGGGAUAGAAAAAAUUAUUGUUUAAUUGAAGCUGCACCAAUGGAAUUAGUAUGUCCAAUGCCUGGUGUACAUUUUAAACCAGUAGAAAAUAAAAAGAAAUCAUCUAAAAAUAUUUAUGUAGCUCCAUGUUAUUAUUAUCCGAAUCGAGCUGGUACAACAGACAGACCUUCAUUUAUGCUUGGAGUAGAACUAAAAACCGGUGAAAAACCACCUGAACAUUGGACUAAACGAAGCACUGCACUUCUGAUGAACUUGGACGUCUAAUAUUAAAAAUCAUGACAAUGGAGUGUAUCUAUAACUUUUUUUAUGUCAUUAUUUCUAUAUUCUUUAGGUAAUUGAUAAGACCUCAUCUAAGAGGUUAUUUUUGCUGUUAUUAAAUAUAAUUUCAACAAUGUCCAAAUAUACUAUAGUAUUUGUGUCAUUAAAAGUUAUCUAACUGAGAGCGAAA